CCGCAGGAGUUUGGGGGAAUCUAGUCGCUAAAGCCCUACAUAGUCUUCCGGCUUUGGGCGUGGCCGCGAUGCACUCUGGGAGUCGUAGUAGGGGAAGACAGUCCUCCGCCCUUUUGCGCAGGGUCGCAGGAGGUUCUGGGAAGUGUAGUUGCCUGAAGCUCGUGUUCUUUGUCUUUCGGUGAUGUGCGCGUGGCCUCAAGGCACCCUGGGAGUUGUAGUGGGGCGGGGAAAGUCAUUUGCUUUCUCCAGCGGGGUCGCGGUUGUUUCUGGGAAGUGUGGUUGCCUGAGUCCCGCGUUCUUCGUUUCUCGGCUGGUUGUGCGUGUGGCCGAGAGGCACGCGGGGAGUUAUAAGAACCGAAAGCCCUGUGUAGUCUCCCGCGGGGGGCCGCGGUUGUUUCUGGGAAGUGUGGUUGCCUAGGUCCCGAGUUCUUUGUUCCUAGGCUCUGGGGUGGGAGGAUAGCCCUAUGCUCUGGAGCGCGGGGCCGCGGGGCCUUCUGGGAAUUGUAGUUGUCCCAGGCCCUCGUUCUUUGUUUCCUCGCGCGGGAGCGCGGCGCUCUGGGAGAUCCAAUAGGAACGAAAACCGUAUGCCCUUGCGCGUAGGGCCGCAUUGGUUUCUGGGAAUUGUAGUUUUUGAGGCAGGCGGCCUGGUGGGGUGACGUCCGCGAGGCUCCUGAAGACGCAUUCCUGCGACGCCCGCGGUGGGGCCCUCGGGGGCGGCUCCGAGCGUCUGGCCUGUGUAGGCAAGGAAAGGAGUACCCCGGUCUGCGCCGGAUGGCUCCGGGCGGUGACUCGGUCCGGAGCCCCGGAACGCGACACCCACCUGGCCGGAAGCACAACGGAAACGCGCCGUCCUGUGGCCACUGUUAGGUGGCCGGGUUCUGGGGAGGCGCGCCGUGGCAGGAGGAGAAAGCCGGCGCCGGUGGUCCAAGCGCCCUCUCUCGGGGCCCCGCUCUCUACGUGGGAGGCGCGGAGCGGGGACCACGGGAAUCCCCAGUGCGGGAUCUAGUGACUUGGGCGCGGCCUAGCUGGCCCGUUCGCUCAGGGCUCCUCUCUCUGCCAGGUCUGCCAUUUUACACUUUCUGAUCUCCUCGGUCCCUUCUGUGAGCUAUGUCUCAGGGGUCAGUGACAUUCAGAGAUGUGGCCAUAGACUUCUCCCAGGAGGAGUGGAAAUGGCUUCAGCCUGCUCAGAGAGAUCUGUACCGAUGUGUAAUGUUGGAGAACUAUGGCCAUCUGGUCUCACUGGCAGGUCUUUCCAUUUCUAAGCCAGAUGUGGUUUCCUUAUUGGAGCAAGGGAAAGAACCCUGGCUGGGGAAAAGGAAUGUGAACAGAGACCUGUUUUCAGUUUCAGAGUCAAGUGGUGACAUCAAAGACUUUUCACCAAAAAAUGUCAUUUAUGAUGACUCAUCCCAGUAUUUGAUCAUGGAAAGAAUUCUAAGUCAAGGCCCUGUGUAUUCCAAUUUUAAAGGAGGCUGGAAAUGCAAGGAUCAUACAGAGAUGCUGCAAGAAAAUAAGGGAUGUAUUAGGAAAGUAACAGUCUCUCAUCAAGAAGCCCUGGCUCAACAUAUGAAUAUCAGUACUGUGGAGAGGCCCUAUGGAUGCCAUGAGUGUGGAAAAACUUUUGGUCGACGCUUUUCCCUGGUGUUACACCAGAGGACUCAUACUGGAGAGAAACCAUAUGCAUGUAAGGAAUGUGGCAAAACCUUUAGCCAGAUUUCAAACCUUGUGAAACAUCAAAUGAUACAUACUGGAAAGAAACCCCAUGAGUGUAAGGAUUGUAAUAAAACAUUCAGUUACCUUUCAUUUCUUAUUGAACACCAGAGAACACACACUGGGGAGAAACCUUAUGAAUGUACUGAGUGUGGAAAGGCCUUUAGCCGUGCCUCCAACCUCACUCGACAUCAGAGAAUUCACAUAGGAAAGAAACAAUAUAUGUGUAGGAAAUGUGGGAAAGCAUUUAGCAGUGGCUCAGAACUCAUUCGCCACCAGAUUACACAUACUGGAGAGAAACCUUAUGAAUGCAUUGAAUGUGGGAAGGCAUUUCGCCGUUUCUCACACCUUACUCGACAUCAAAGCAUCCAUACAACCAAAACCCCAUAUGAAUGUAAUGAAUGUAGGAAAGCUUUCCGUUGUCAUUCAUUCCUUACUAAACAUCAGAGAAUUCAUGCUGGAGAAAAGCUCUAUGAAUGUGAUGAAUGUGGCAAAGUUUUCACUUGGCAUGCAUCCCUUAUUCAACAUACGAAGAUUCAUACUGGAGAGAAACCCUAUGCAUGUGCUGAAUGUGAUAAAGCCUUCAGCCGGAGCUUUUCCCUCAUUCUACAUCAGAGAACUCAUACUGGAGAGAAACCCUAUGUAUGUAAGGUAUGCAACAAAUCCUUCAGCUGGAGCUCAAAUCUCGCUAAACAUCAGAGAACACACACUCUUGACAACCCCUAUGAAUAUGAAAAUUCAUUUAAUUACCACUCAUUCCUUACUGAACACCAGUGAAUUUACACUGCAAAGAAAAACUACGAAUGUAUGAAAUUUUUUUUAUAGAAGUAUAAUGCCUUACUUUUACUUCGAAGAACUCUUGGAAAGAAGCCUUAUGUGAGAGUGACGAAUGUGAAGUAAUAUGGCCCACAAUUUAUUCAACAUCCUGGAGGAAAAAAACCCAGAAAUAUGUGGAAAAGCCAUUAAUAACCACUCCUUUUUUUUUUUUUUUCCCAAUAACAAGGUGAAAUUGAUAUUGUUGAGAAGAUUCUUCUUCCAUCUGGAAAUAUUGAGAAGACUUCAUUUGGUAGGAUUCCCUUACUCUACAUGUGUAAAUUCCUACCAAUAAAGAAUACAUAUCCAAUAGAUUGGAGAAAGCCAGAGAUUAUUAGCCCUCAUUCUGCAACCGUCAACCAGGACAGAAUGCAUGGGCAAGGGAUGAGCUUUACAAAGAUGUACUUUGGAGAUCAGGAUAUUCAUGUUUAAGUAAAGUGAUACAAACACAGUGAUUCGGGAAUGCCUUCAUUUACAAUGCAAUACUUAAAUUUUAAUACUCUCGUAAGAGAAAAAGCAACUGUAUAAAAGAAUGUAGAGUAACUUUCUGCAAUAUUUCAAACCUAUAUCAGAGAACUACACUGUGGGAAAACUACCAUUGUAACGAGUGUAGCAAAAUCAUCUUAGAUAUCUGAAAAAUCAUACUGGAUGGAAUCUGUGAGAAAGGGUUCUAUUUUGAGGGAAGGGGGAUUGCUUUUUGUUUUUUAAGUGAAUUCAGAAAAUGUUAUAAAUAAAUCUUUUGGUUUAUUAUAAA